CUCAUUAUCGCUGCACGACACACGACUAGGUUACGUCAACGCGCCGUUCUUGGUGUUGAGAAGUUGGUAAAUAUGGUUUGACCUCAUGGUGGAGAGAGAGGGAGAGUGGAGACAAACUGGAUUAAACGCUACCAGCAGCAGCAGGAGGAGGAGGGCGGCUAGUAAAUAACCUUUAGCUCCUGCUGUUAGCACACCGUUUCCCCAGAUAAAGAGUAUCCUCGGGAAAGUGCUGCUGCAGCUCAAAUAAGCAUAGGCUGCUUUGACUCUCCUCAGGCGGGCCACCUUAUCUGAUAAGACUUGGGGAAACCAGCAAAGAGCCCACACGACAGCUGCUGUCCAUCAUGGCAGGUGAUAUGAUGUUGCUAAUGCGAGGCCUGGCUAAGCUGAGCCAGGCAGUCGUAGAGACUCAGACCAACACCCUCCGCAGUGGGACAGCCCCAGGAAUAGGCGCUGCUGUCCAAAGUGUCCAAUCAGCUGCGGAGCAAGGCAUCUCGGCAGCCAUGGUAAAAAUCCAGGAAAUGUCUGGCCAGCAGCAAAGCUAUUCCUCAGAGUCCGACUUCGACUUUCCUCCAGAUGACAGCGCAUUCAACACUUCAGAGUUCAGGGAUGAAGGUGCAGACUUCACAGUGGAUCACUCAGGAAGCAGCGAUGACGCAGCAACAGGGGCGAAGCAUGCCAGUGGGAAACAGUCAGUAUUUGAAGGAUACAAAGACCCCAGCAAACAGUUCAGUGGGCACACCAGAUCCUACCACCAAGAUGUGAGACUUCUUAGUGGACGUCAGCUCUAUAACCACAGAAUGAACAAACAUGUGUGGAGGCAGCUUUACUUUCAGCAUCCUGUCAGCCAGUUCAGGAGCUACCAUCAGGACCCAUCCACGAUGGGGGGAUUGACGGCCGAAGACAUCGAGAAAGCUCGAGAGAGCAAGGGGACUGAUGGAAAACCACAUAAACAGAUGCUGAGUGAGAGAGCCAGAGAGAGGAAAGUCCCCGUGACCCGGAUCAGCAGAUUGGCCAACUUUGGAGGUCUGGCUGUAGGUUUGGGUAUUGGAGCUCUGGCAGAAUUCGCCAAGAAGAGCAUCAGACAAAACGGCGCAGAAGGUGAAAACAGGAAAGCAGUUCUGGACUCGAGCCCUUUCCUGUCCGAGGCCAAUGCUGAGCGCAUUGUCAGAACUCUGUGCAAAGUCAGAGGAGCUGCAUUAAAGUUGGGACAGAUGCUGAGCAUUCAAGAUGACGCUUUCAUCAAUCCUCAUCUUGCCAAGAUUUUUGAGCGUGUGAGACAGAGUGCUGACUUCAUGCCAAUCAAACAAAUGACAAAAGCACUGAACAACGAUUUGGGCCCAAACUGGAGGGACAAGCUGGAAAUGUUUGAGGAGCGCCCUUUUGCGGCAGCGUCCAUCGGGCAGGUUCACCUUGCACGGAUGAAGGAUGGCAGGGAGGUGGCCAUGAAAAUACAGUAUCCUGGUGUGGCUCAGAGUAUCAACAGUGAUGUCAACAAUUUGAUGACGGUGCUGAAUAUGAGCAAUGCCCUGCCUGAAGGUCUGUUUCCAGAGCACCUGAUAGAUGUCAUGAGAAAAGAGCUAGCCCUGGAGUGUGACUAUAUUAGAGAAGCCCAGUGUGCAAGGAAGUUCAGGGAGCUGUUAAAGGACCAUCCGUUCUUCUACGUACCAGAGGUGAUAGACGAGCUGAGCAGCCGCCAUGUUCUCACUACUGAACUCGUUCCUGGGUUUCCCCUGGACAAAGCCGAGAACCUCUCUCAGGAGCUGAAGAACGAGAUCUGCCUCAACAUCUUGACUCUGUGCAUCAGAGAGCUGUUCGAGUUCAGGUACAUGCAGACCGACCCAAACUGGUCCAACUUCUUCUAUGAUCCGCAGACGCACAGGGUGGCGCUGUUGGACUUUGGAGCCACGAGAGGAUUUGAUCAAUGUUUCACUGACGUCUACAUAGAGAUAAUUCGUUCAGCUGCCCAGGGCAACAGGGAGGGAGUACUAAAGAAAUCUAUCGAGAUGAAGUUCCUGACCGGUUACGAGUCCAAGGCAAUGGUGAAUGCCCACGUGGAUGCAGUGAUGAUCCUCGGCGAGGCUUUUGCCUCCUCGGAGCCCUUCGACUUCGGUUCCCAGUCCACCACCGAGAGGAUCCACAACCUCAUCCCCGUGAUGCUCAAACACCGACUCACCCCGCCCCCCGAGGAGACGUACUCGCUCCACCGUAAGAUGGGCGGCUCGUUCCUCAUCUGCUCCCGGUUAAAUGCUCAGCUGCAGUGCAGGGAGAUGUUCGAAAUGUCGUAUCAGAAGUACUGGGAAGGCCGCACGCCACCGUCUGACUCGGCAUAAAACCAAUCAGUGUUUGGAAUUAUGAUGGACUGGAUGGGGGGAGGGGGGCCAACAGAAAAGUGCCCAUAGAUACCAAAACGGAGGAAGGAAACGGUCGUCGAGUUCCAGCGUGUUGGGCAUCCAAUGAAAAGACCCGCAUACAUAUCAACACCCAUCAUUUUUGGUUUGAAAGAGGGAGCAGCAACACGGUGUGCGUGUUGCGUUUAAGGCCAGAAGAAAAAAAGCUGUAAGAGACAAGAGUGAAGGAGAGAAGCAGCCUUGUUUUAGGUGUAAACUGAGUGUAAAAGGUUGAAUUUGCAUCUCUUGAUGAUUUCACGAUGAUUCUUGCAUCUUAUGUUGCUGUGUUUUGUUGAGCUUUGGGAUAAACUGUAAAGUUUGCUCUUUACCGUAAAUGUCACAACAUUGCAUUGCGUUAACUAAGCUCUAAUUUUAGGCCAGAAUAACAAUGCAGGUAUUUCUGCUUCUUUUUAAAAAAAAAACACAUUUAAUAAUUAGAUAUUAUGGCUAUAAAUAAUAGGUAUUGGUCUAAAAGCAGACUGCAGAAAAUUACAGUCUUUUUUUAUAAAAUAAAAAUAGAGAUGAUGAGAAUUAUUCAAGCAUUUUGUUUUGUUUUUUGUUUUUUUUAAAGGGGGUGACAAAGUGAUAUUUCUCAGCACUUACACACAAGAAUGUGUGACUUUAGCAUAUGUAUAUGUAGUAUACAGGAUCUUGUGUAUUAUUGCAGCCAGACAGUACUAAAUGAUGUUGUUUAUAGCUUGUAGCUUCUAAGGGAAAUUGUUUUGGGCAUGAGAUUAAGUCAAGCUUAAUUCACAGGAGGAUGAAAGUCUCUAAAUUUAAAUAGGUUCUGUCCUCUUAUUGGGUUUUAAACAGUGUUCAUAUGGACUAACUAGCCAAGUUAGCAUCAUUGUUGCUCAAAAUUUAAAUUCUGUCAGACAUAAUUUAGAUUUCCUGAAUCUGAAUUGUUCUUUUUCCUUAUUUUCCGUCAGAAACUAACAAACCACAUGGAUCCAUGUUGCUCUCUGCUUAGAAAUGAAUGUUUCCCAGAAGAAACAGGUCAUAGCUCACACAUCAAACACUGGACCUGAAUGUUCACAAACUACCUGGAUGGGAAGCGCUCGUCCUGAUAACGCACAAGAUCAGCUUGUGGGCUCGGCUCGCUCCCGCAAGUCGGUAAUCUCUCCACGCCUCCUCGGGUGAAAAAUUCUCCUGACUGGUGUGUGACUGUGAAAGUUCUCUGUGAUCUGCUGUGUGAAUACUGUUAUGAUGAUCUCUGGUGUGAAAAUGGGGGGGAGAAAACAAAAGGAAAAAAAAAACAAGGUGCCUGAUGUUUCUAGCAGAUGGUUUGUAGCUAGAAAUCUCUACUUUAUAUUUCAUAUUAAGCAUCACUGAGCAGAGGGUUUCAAUUUUGUAAUUAAAAUGCAUUCUUAACUGAACGUUGUAAUAAAAUAUCGUAUGAAAAGAGUAAAUGU